UCUUUUUUCUUUCACAUUUAAGGGACGUACACCCAAUUCCUUAAAUAUGACCUCAUUAUGGCAAGUGUGGAAUUGUGUUUUCAGACUGACUCAUCUAUCUCACAGGACCAAUUGUCAUUAGGGCGGAGAAAACUAAUUCUCUCUUGCUUAAUAGCAGUAUUUCUUUCUUGUUCCUGCCUGCUGGCCGCUGUGAAGCCUUGAUCUUGAGCCUUAUUUCCGCAGAGAUAAAGAAAAGCCCUUUAUCAGUUUUAUCUGAUGCUGACUCACAAUAUAUCAAGUCCCACCUCAGAGUCACUUUUUUUUUCUUUCUUUUUUUUUUUUUUUAAUCCAUCUGCUCUGUUUUGCCUCGUACAACUCAGAGUGGUGUUCAUUAACCGCGUCUGCCCCAAAAUGCUGCUCGGAGAUAACGAGCGUCUUCCUCCUUCGACUCCUCACCAGCUCAUCAAAGGGUUAAGUAUUCUUCUCAGGAGGUUCCCCUGCUCCUGUGUCAACCUGUAAAGCAGAUGAGAAGCAGAGUGUGUGUCAGAGAGGUAUGUGUGGGCACACACCCCAGAGAAGGGGAGUGUACAUGCAGACAGAACACCUUCAGCCUCCUGUCUCCUGUCUGUUUAACCUCAGGGGAAGCAGCAGCUGCCUAGCAGUAAUACUCAGUUUUAGACUGGUAUUUAUUCGCCAGGGAGAGACACACACCGCCGCAGCCAUGGGGAAGAAGAUAGCUGAUCGGCUUCCCUGGAUUUCGCUGACAAUCCUUCUUUGUUUUGCCUGAAGAUGGAAACACUGGAGUCUGAGCUGACCUGUCCAAUCUGUCUGGAGCUUUUUGAGGACCCACUGCUCUUGCCCUGCGCGCACAGCCUUUGUUUCAACUGCGCCCACAGAAUACUGGUCUCCCACUGCACCCCCAGCGAGCCAAUUCAGUCCAUCAGCGCCUUUCAGUGCCCGACCUGUCGCUAUGUCAUCACCCUCAACCAGAGAGGCCUAGAGGGACUCAAACGCAACGUGACCCUGCAGAACAUCAUCGACCGCUACCAGAAAGCCUCUCUGAGCGGACCCAACUCUCCUAACGAGACCCGGCGGGAGCGAGCCGCCCCCAACAGCAAAGCCAUGACAUCUCCCGGUGACAGGGUGCAGUGUCAGUUCUGCGAGCAGGACCCUCCGCAGGACGCCGUGAAGACCUGCGUCACGUGCGAGGUUUCCUACUGCGAGGAGUGCCUCAAGGCCACCCAUCCCAACAAGAAGCCCUUCACGGGCCACCGUCUGAUCGAGCCCUUGCUGGACUCCCAUCUGCGAGGGCUCAUGUGCCUGGAGCACGAGGACGAGAAGAUCAACAUGUACUGCGUGACAGACGAACAGUUGAUCUGUGCGUUAUGUAAGCUGGUUGGACGUCACCGAGAUCACCAAGUGGCGGCCCUCAGUGAUCGAUUUGACAAACUCAAGAAAUCUCCUGGCCGCUUUCUCUGUGUGGGGCGUGAUCAUCCACACCAGGAGGCAGACCAGCAAGCCUUGGAUUCUAACCUCAGCAGUCUAAUCAAGAGGACCAGUGAGUUGGAAAGUCUGAUGGGCAAACUUAUCCAAACCUGCCAACACGUGGAGGUGAACGCGUCACGGCAAGAAAACAAACUGCUUGAAGAGUGCGACCUGCUGAUUAAUAUCAUACAGCAGCGGAGACAAAUCAUAGCGACCAAGAUAAAGGAGGGAAAGUCUAUGAGGAUGAGGAAGCUAGCCCAGCAGAUAGCCAGCUGCAAGCAGUGCAUCGAGAGGUCCUCCUCCCUCAUCACUCAGGCCGACCAAACCCUCAAGGAGACAGACCACGCUCGAUUCCUCCAGACGGCUAAAAGUAUCUGCGACAGAGUGUCUAUGGCGACAGCGUCUUCACAAAUCCUGUUACCAGAAAUCAACCUGAACGACAACUUUGACACUUUUGCACUGGACUUCUCAAGAGAGAAGAAAAUGCUCGAAAGCUUGGAUUACCUAACAGCGCCGGACCCACCAGCAAUCCGCGAGGAACUAUGUACGGCUUCAUAUGACACGAUCACAGUUCACUGGACAUCAGAUGAUGAAUUCUCUGUCGUCUCAUAUGAACUUCAGUACGCAAUCUUCACCAGCCAGUCCAACGUCGUCAGUUUGUGUAAUUCUGCCGAUAGCUGGAUGAUAGUGCCAAACAUCAAGCAAAAUCACUACACUGUGCACGGACUCCAGUGCGGCACCAAGUACAUUUUCAUAGUCAAGGCCAUAAACCAGGCUGGAAGCCGCAGCAGUGAACCAGGGAAGCUCAAAACCAACAGUCAGCCAUUCAAGCUCGAUCCAAAGUCCGCCCACCGGAAGCUGAGGUUGUCCCACGACAACCUGACGGUAGAGAGGGACGAGACGUCGUCCAAGAAGAGCCACAGCCAGGACCGCUUCUCCAGUCACAGCAGUUACGGCGUCACAGGAAACGUCUACAUCGACAGCGGCCGCCAUUACUGGGAGGCUCUGAUAGGAGGAAGCACAUGGUUUGCAGUGGGCAUUGCUUACAAGUCGGCACCAAAGCACGAGUGGGUUGGCAAGAACUCCUCCUCCUGGGUACUGUCUCGCUGCAACAACUCUUGGGCGGCGCGUCACAACAGUAAGGAGAUACCCAUUGAGCCAUCACCCCACCUGAGGCGUCUCGGGGUAUUGCUGGACUACGACUCCGGAUCUCUGUCUUUCUACGACGCCGUUGGCUCUCAGCACUUGUACACGUUUGACAUUGCCUUUGCUCAGCCCGUGUGCCCCGUGUUCAACGUGUGGAAUAGGUGCUUAACAAUCCUCAGCGGACUGCCCAUUCCUGAUCACUUAGAGGGGACAGACUACCACAACUGACGAAACCUGUCUUGCUUGAUUUUCUCUUUGUAUCCAAAAGGAGACCCGGACGCCUGCACCUUUGUAACUGUGAUGAGCACACACUUAACGAUGGUGGAGAAAAGUAAUCACAAGAGAUGAAAUGGCCUUGGUGUGCACCACUAAAGAAGAGGGAAUUAAUUGGAUUUAUUUAAGACAUUAUUUUUCUGGCAUUUGUAAAUGUAUUUCUUUUGCUUUGCACAUUUAUUUUUAUUACUCUGCUGGGUGAUUUUAAGGUUUUGCUUACAAUUUCAUAUUUUCAAAUAGCUUCAGAAUUUCAAAUGAACUUCUUUUUUUCUUUUUACGUUUCAUAAUACACACAUAUUUUCCAUUCAUAUCCUGGUGAUGUUAUGUGCAAGUUAAAAGGUUUAUUUGUCCCAAAUGCUGGAAAGAUGUUUCAUAGAGUGUUUUAAGUAUAUUUCAGGCGAGUUUUUGAGAGAAGUUUUAAAGUCGUAGCACUUUGAGAUGACAUGGUUGACACUAUAAAAUGCAUUCCUUAACCACGUCUAUGGAGAUACAAACGUUUACUUGUUAUUGCAUUCCACAGAAAAGGCACUUACAGUAACAAUACAUACGGUCAGCUUCACUUAUGAACGUAUAAUUUGAAUUGAAUCCAAGUAUUUAUUGUCUGUGAAUGUUCUGGUACACUUUGCUGUUACGGGACAACUCAUCUCCUCGUUUUUAUAACGGAUCUUCAUCACAGAUUUCACGUUUAACUUUUCUUUGACCAGCCCUAAUAAAUCACAUGACGACA